CUGAUAACUCAUCUAUUAUGCUACUUGGCUAAACCCGAGCGGAGAGAGAAGCCGCCGCAGCCGCCGCGGGACGCACCGGAGGAGCCGAACCCGAAGUGUGAGAUGGGAGUUUGUCUCCUGGAGGGAAACACCGAGCUACAGCACCGGCACCGGCCCAGCCUGAAGUGAACACAGCAACACACACCUGUGUGCCCACGCACGCCUCACACCACAGGGGGAGUUGUUUUCUCAUCUUCAGGUCAGACACUGCUGUCCCACGGUGCAUUGUUACGUCACCAUCGUCCACCAUGUCGGACGCCCCCGAGGCUGCGCCACCCAGCCCCCCCACCCUCACCAACCCAACAGCCCCCGAGGUCACGAAUCCCACUAAACCUGGCAGAAAAACCAACCAGCUGCAGUACAUGCAGAACGUGGUGGUGAAGACUCUGUGGAAACAUCAGUUCGCGUGGCCCUUCUACACACCUGUCGACGCCAUCAAGCUCUGCCUGGCGGACUACCACAAGGUGAUCAAGAACCCGAUGGACAUGGGAACCAUCAAGAAACGUCUGGAGAACAAUUACUACUGGAGCGCCAGCGAGGCCAUGCAGGACUUCAACACCAUGUUCACCAACUGUUACAUCUACAACAAGCCAACAGAUGACAUCGUGCUCAUGGCUCAGGCCCUGGAGAAGAUCUUCCUGCAGAAGGUGGCUCAGAUGCCUCAGGAGGAGGUGGCCCUGCUGCCCCCGGCCCCCAAAGGGAAGAACAAGAGCAAGCAGCCCGCCAGCGCCACCACAGUGAGUCCGCAGGCGGAGUCUUCAGCCUCCCCUCCCCCCUCCUACCCCUCCCCCUCCCCUUCUCAGACACCUGUCAUAUCUACCACGCCCACACCUCUCCAAGCCACGCCCCCUGUUUCAGCACCGCAGCCCCCAGCAACAAUGAUGUCAUCUGCGCAGCCUGUUGUCAAGAAGAAAGGUGUGAAGAGGAAAGCCGACACCACCACUCCCACUACGUCCGCCAUCUCUGCUGGUCGUGCCGACUCUCCAUCUGCUCAGGACAACAAACCAGCUAAACUGGGCUCGUCCCGCCGUGAGGCCGCCGCCCGCCCUGCUAAGACCCGCAGAGAGACGGUUGAGGAUGUGGCAGGGGGUGAGAUGGGAGGAGGAGGAGGAGGAGGAGGAGGAGGAGGAGUUGGGGGGAAGAAGGUCGGUAAGCUGGGCGAGCAAAUGAAACACUGCGACGCCAUCCUGAAGGAGAUGCUCUCGAAGAAACACGCCGCCUACGCCUGGCCCUUCUACAAGCCCGUGGACGCAGAGGCACUGGAGCUGCACGACUACCAUGACAUCAUCAAACACCCCAUGGACCUCAGCUCCGCCCGGAAAAAGAUGGAUAAAGGCGAGUACAGUGACCCUCAGAGCUUUGCCACUGACGUCAGGUUAAUGUUCUCCAACUGUUACAAGUACAACCCUCCAGACCAUGAGGUCGUGGCCAUGGCCCGAAAGCUGCAGGAUGUGUUUGAGAUGCGUUUCGCUAAGAUCCCGGACGAGGGCCUGGAGGUGUCCGUCCCGUCCACCACACCACUGGUCAGUAAAAGCACCGCCUCCUCUGACAGCAGCAACAACUCCUCCUCAGACGAAUCUUCCGACUCCGAGGAGGAGCGAGCCACGCGAUUGGCUGAGCUACAGGAGCAGGUUGGUGCUGCUGAGCAAUCACAGUUGAAGGCGGUGCACGAGCAGCUGGCCGUCUUGUCCCAGGCUCCGGUCAGCAAGCCAAAGAAGAAGAAAGAGAAGAAAGACAAGGAGAAGAAGAAAGACAAAGGGAACAAAGGGAAGAUGGAGGAAGAGAAGAAGCCAAAGGCUGCUGCUCAACAGCCCAAACCAGCCAAUCAGAAGAAGGCCCCGGCCAGGAAAGCCAACAGCACGGUGACCGCAACCAGGCAACCUAAGAAAGGCAGCAAGACGUCAGGCGGCGGCUCGGCGAACGGAGACGACGGCGAGGAGUCGUCUCUACCGAUGUCGUAUGACGAGAAGCGCCAGUUGAGUCUGGACAUCAACCGGCUGCCGGGUGAGAAGCUGGGGCGCGUGGUUCACAUCAUCCAGUCCAGAGAGCCGUCGCUGCGGGACUCGAACCCCGACGAGAUCGAGAUCGACUUCGAGACGCUCAAACCCUCCACGCUGCGCGAGCUGGAGCGCUACGUCAAGUCCUGUCUGCAGAAGAAGCAGAGGAAGCUGCUGCAGAAGGCAGCAGGCGGCGGGGCUUCAGGAGGCGGGGCUAGUCGUUUGAGUGGCAGCUCUUCUUCCUCCUCUGAUGACAGCUCCUCAACGGGAACCUCCUCUUCCUCCGACACAGACUGAACACACAUACGCAACACACACACAUGUUACUGAACACAGAGUUUAUACACACACUCAAUCACAGGAACGACAGUUAACACAUGAACACACAUCCAUGUAAACUUCCACCAUGAACACACACAAGACAGAGAUCCAAACUCUGAACUUCUUACAACACACACGCCCAGACUUGGAGACUGUAUGUAAAUAAGCAAACCUGUUUUUUAGCUCCUAGUGUUUUGUUUUUUUUUCCUUCCUGGAGUAAUGCAGAGACCGAAGAAGAAAGAACUUGUCAGGGAGGAGGAGGAGGAGGAGGAGGAGGUCUGUCUUGUACUGAUCUUCUCUUAGCUCGUCUCGCUGCUGUGGAGAGAAAUAAAAACAUCCACAUUUCUUCUUCCACGGUUUGGACGUCGGCUGCGACCCCUGACCUCUGAACACAUUCCGGGAGCAUCUGUCAUCAUCAGGAGGACGAGGAGGUCUCAGUGGGUUCACAUCGUUCGAGUGAAGCUGUAGUCGAGCAAUAAGUGAAACGGUCUUCAGAGAGGAGGCGUGUCUGAGAUGAAGCUCGGAGCAUCAUGGGAGAUUUAACCAAAACCCGGAGAGGAACAAGCGUCUCUUCUUCUGGUGCGUUCACACGAGACUUCGUACAAAGUCGAGGCAGAGCAGUUUGCAGGUUUAGUUUCUGUCGAUCUUCCCCCGGAGUUUCCACAUGUACGACGAGCAGCUUGAUCCCGUCUGCCAGGCGCCCUCUCCUGGAGGAGAGCCGGUGAAUAUUCCCCGUUUGUGUUUAUUCACGUGAUUAACCUCGAUCGACUCAAAUGAUCCCACGACACGUCCGGUGUGCGCACACCAUUAGAGUCCAGUUCGAAACCAUUGGCUUAAAAAAAGAACCCUACAAAAAGGUUUGGACAGUCGUGAAAACUGUUGAUAAGAAACUUUAUUUGAACGUCUCCUGUUAACAGACGCUGUUCGACACGUCCUCUUGUAAAAAGGAUGUUACACUUUUGUCAUCAGCUGUUUGACACGCAGAGUCCAGGAGCUGCAGUUACAGGCGAGUGGGUUUUGAGGUCAGAGGUCAACCAGUUUUUAAUGUGACAUUAGUUUAAACUGGUUGGUGAAUGACGGAUGAUUAUUGAUAAGUGGUAAAGUUCGUCUGUGACUGACGUCUGCAACAAUGUCCACGUGUUUUUGAUUUCAGUUGAUUGACAGUCUGAGAAUCAGCUGAUCAAUCACAUCCACUUCCUUUUAUGACUGAAAAUCAAACAGCUGAUGAUCAGAUAUUGAUCAGCUGUUGAUAAACUGAGCUCAUAUCCAGGUUUCGUACUGUCGUUCGAUUAAGACCCUCUGAGACCGCCGCUGCCCCCUGCUGGUCCGGAAUCAAACACAGCCCAUUGUUUGACUGGGGUCAACGCUGGGGGCGUGGUCAGCGCUGGGGGCGUGGUCGUUGUACCCAGACAGCGAGACAGACAUGUUUCUUUUUAACACUACAUCUUUAUUUCCUGUUAUUUGUUUAUUGUUUUUCAGGUUGUGCUGAACCCGUUUGUCUUUAUAAGAUUCUCGAUAUAAAAGGUCAUUGUACGACGUCUCCUCCCCCCCCCCAGAGGUUAAGAGUCAGAGUUAGAACACCUGAGAAAAUAAAAGUUCAGAUCACCCUAAAAUACCCAAAUUUUAAUUUUUAAUAAUUUUAACUCUAAAAUGUCCAAAAUAAAGAAAUCGUCAGGAUGAAGACAAAACUCUCAGCAGAAAAAAGUCCAGUGAAUAUUGGAGAUAUUUUAGUAAAGUCGCGUUUGAUUGGCUCCUUUCGUUUUUCAAAUUUUUUUAAUAUAAAACUAAUUUGUUUACAUUUCUUCUGUUGGUUGACUGCGCCUCCACCUGGACGCGCUGAGUCACUGCACGUUGAACUUUUAAAAGGAAUUGUAAUUUACAUAUUUUAAACAGUUUAAUUUCAUGUGUUGGUAUGACAUCACAGUUGUGCCCUCUCCUGAUUGGUGGGGCAGUUUGCUGAUUCCUUCAGAAGCAGCUUACAUUGUGUGAUGUUCGUAUUUUCUGCGUGUAGCACAAUUCAUCUUGUUUCUGUUUUGAUCUGAGUUUCUGAUUAAAUCACGUGACCUCA